AUGACGGGUCCAUCCUGGAUGGGUGGUGGGCCAGAGGCAGCUGUUGCCCUUUCUGCCUGUCCCGUGGCCACAGCUCCGCGAGAUGAGAGCAGCGACUACACCGAGACCGAGGUUCUCCCCGAUUCCUUCCCAUCAGCGCCGGCAGAACCUCUCCCAGAAUUCCUGCUGGAACCAGAGGACACCUUCAUCGUAAAGAACCGGCCGGUACAGCUACGUUGCCGGGCAUCACCAGCCACUCAGAUCUACUUCAAAUGUAACGGAGAAUGGGUCAAUCAAAAUGAUCACGUCACCAGAGAGAGCCUGGACCAGAUCACAGGCCUGGUGGUGCGAGAGGUGGAUAUCUCAGUGUCCAGGACGCAGGUGGAGGAGCUGUUUGGGUUGGAGGACUACUGGUGCCAGUGUGUGGCCUGGAGCUCGGCUGGCACCACAAAGAGCAACCGUGCCUACGUUCGCAUUGCAUACCUUAGGAAGAACUUUGAGCAGGAGCCUCUGGGGCGGGAGGUACGACUCGAACAGGAGGUGCUGCUGCAGUGUCGCCCCCCGGAGGGCAUGCCCACUGCCGAGGUGGACUGGCUGAAGAAUGAGGACAUCAUAGAUCCAUCACAAGACUCCAACUUCCUGAUCACCAUUGAUCAUGAUCUGAUCAUCAAACAGGCCAGACUCUCAGACACUGCUAACUACACCUGCGUGGCUCGUAAUGUGGUGGCCAAAAGACGCAGCAGCACAGCUACUCUUAUUGUUUAUGUUAGCGGAGGUUGGUCUUCUUGGACUGAGUGGUCAGAGUGUAAUGCUCGGUGCGGGCGAGGCUGGCAGCGGCGAACACGCAGCUGCACCAAUCCUGCCCCUCUGAAUGGAGGUGCCUUCUGCGAGGGCCCACCCUUCCAGAGAGUGACCUGCACCACAUUGUGCCCAGGUGGGACAGAGUGCACCCACUGGCGCAGUCGUGAGUGCCAAGCCCCCCCACCCAGGAAUGGAGGAAAGCACUGCAGCGGCAGCAUGAUGGAAAGCAAAAACUGCACUGAGGGACUGUGUGCGCGCAAUAAAAAGAUUUCUAUUGAACAUGCAAGCCAUCCCCUGGCCCCAGGUAUGGGUGUAGCAGUCUACGCUGGUCUGGUGGGGGCCCUGCUGCUGUGUGUGAUACUGGUGUUGUGCGUGGGAGUGCUCGCAUAUCGCCGCAGAUGCCGCCAUCUCCAUGGAGACAUCACCGAUUCUUCGUCUGCUCUCACCGCCGCCUUCCACCCUGGCAACUACAAGCCUCCCAGACAGGAUAACCCUCACCCUCUGCAUCCCUCAGCUCCUCCGGAUCUGACAGCCACAGCGGGGGCUUUCCGUGGGCCUCUCUUCUCUCUGCAGCAGGGAGUCAAUGACAGCCCCCACAAGAUCCCCAUGACCACCUCUCCCCUGCUGGACCCGUUGCCCAGUCUCAAAAUCAAGGUGUAUAAUUCCUCCACUCUUUCGUCGCUGGAGCUCCCCGCGGACAUCUGCUCAGACGGGGAGAUCCUCAGCCUGAAGUCGGUGGGUACCGUGGGUAGAGAGCGAGACUACCACAGCCACACCCUUUCCAGAGAACCUGGGCUGAGCACCAGUGCCACCCUGGGUAAUCUGGGAGGACGCCUUACCAUCCCCAAUACAGGUGUGAGUCUGCUGGUCCCCCCUGGCACAAUCCCCCAGGGGAAGUUCUAUGAGAUGUACCUCAUUAUCAACAAGUGGGACAAAACGACGCUACCCUCUGAGGGCAGUCAGACUGUACUUAGUCCUGUUGUGAGCUGUGGCCCGUCCGGUAUGCUGCUGAAUCGUCCUGUGGUUCUUACUUUGCCCCACUGUGCCCAGCUAGACACACCUACACCUGAUUGGACCCUCACACUCAAGACACAGACACACCAGGGGGCAUGGGAGGAGGUGCUGACAGUAGGAGAGGAGACUUUGUCGUCUCCGUGCUACCUGCAGCUGGAGGAGGAGUGUUGUCAUGUUCUCAUGGAACAGCUGGGAACGUACGGCCUGGUGGGCCAGUCGUGCCCCCCACAGCCAGCCUGCAAACGCCUGCAGCUGGCACUGUUCGCCCCCCGAGCACCCUGCCUCUCCCUGGACUACAGCCUCCGUAUCUACUGCAUCCACGACACCCCUCAUGCACUCAAGGAGGUGCUGGAUUUGGAGAGGAGUCUAGGUGGAGUUUUGCUGGAAGAUCCCAAGCCGCUGUUCUUCAAAGACAGCUACCACAACCUGCGCCUGUCCAUUCACGACAUUCCUCACACGCACUGGAGAAGCAAACUACUGGCAAAGUAUCAGGAGAUCCCGUUCUAUCACAUCUGGAGCGGCAGUCAGAGACCCCUGCACUGCACCUUCAGCAUGGAGAGAGGCAGCCUGGCUGUGUCACAGCUCACCUGUAAGAUCUGUGUGCGACAGGUGGAAGGGGAGGGACAGAUAUUCCAGCUGCACACGGAUAUUCAGGAGACUCUACCACCGCACUCGCCCCUCCCCUCAGGAGGCACAUGCCUGCCUUCCUCUCAAGUGGGACCCUAUGCCUUUCGCUUGCCUGACUCCAUCCGCCAGAAGAUCUGUGCCAGUUUGGAUGCGCCCAGUGCUCGAGGAUGUGACUGGAGACUACUGGCACGCAGUCUGGGCUUUGACAGGUACUUGAAUUACUUUGCAACAAAGCCUAGCCCCACGGGUGUUCUACUGGACUUAUGGGAAGCUUGUCACCAAGCUGACGCAGACCUGGUCUCUCUGGCGACCGCGCUGGAGGAGAUGGGCAAAAGUGAGGUGCUAGUUGUCAUGACAACAGAUGGGGAUUGUUGAUUGGUCAAGGAAACGAGAGAGCAAGCAAGACAUUUUUUUUCACCACCGUGAUGAAAAUAAUGAUACCUGCCUAUGAAUAUGCACACCCUGGCACAAAUCACAGAUGCCCACAGAGCAUUUUGGUUCCUUUAUGUACUGUAUUGCCUCUGCCUCGUCUUCAUUUUCACUGCCCCCUGAUCAGCCACUAUAGCUACAUACCCACAGUAACCCAUUCCCAUGCGGGCCAUCCCAUGAUAACUGCUAACCUGAUUCAGCUUGAAUCCUCCAAAGCAAUGUUUCAUCUGCAAGAUGUGAAACCAAUUUGAGGCUACGAAGGCGUAAAAUGGGUGUUAAGUCAUCUGUCAUAUUCGGUGUUGACUGUCUUCUUCAAUGAUUGAAAAUGACACUAUUCUUGUAUAUAAAUAAGACAGCUUUGGGACAAACAGAAGAAAAAUCCAUGUAUUCACCACCCAAAGGCACGCACAAUAACACAAAAACACAACGCUAACACGGGAUUACCCAUGUUACCGUAGCAGAAUGAAGGUGCGUGAUUUACCACCAUCUCACCUCAUGGCAGGGGCUUUUGUUUUCUCCAUUGUCAUUCUGUGUGUGCAGUGAAUGACAGGCAGCACCGACCUGUCUGCAACCUCCUCAGGCUACAGACACACUCCAACACACACACACACACAGACUAACUGGUCAUUAACCGGCUCGGAAUCAGACAGGCUAGGAUUUCUUGUCUAACUGCUUCGACUGUUGACAAUUCACAUGAGGACCACAUGAGGAACCCUCAAGGUUUGAGGGCUUGAGCGUAUCGCUUUGAGCUGAAAAUAAAAGCUGCCUCUUCUUUGUCGUAGGAGGGCGAAUUGUGAAGUUUGUUUAAGAAUUGGCAGAUAACUAGACUGACUGACUCUUUAUAUUGUACCAACAAAUGCCUCAAAGCCUUGGCAUAUCAUUCCAACUCACAGGGGUGUUUCUCUUUCAUCUCUCCUCGCAUUCCUCUAUCGCUCCACCACAC